GCGAGAGUAGCAAUGGAAAGCCCGCGCAGUGCGAUCGCCGGCGCCGCGUUGUCGCUGGUCAUGAUGGCGGCGACUGCCGGCGCCUACGUCUUCUCGUACGACCCGGACAUCUUCAGGACGACGUGCGAGCUGGCGGCCACGGCGGGCUACCACUGCGAGGAGCACGAGGUCGGCACGCGGGACGGCUACCUGCUGGCGCUGCACCGCCUGCCCCCCAAGGCGACGGCCGGCGCACGCCGCGGGCCGGUGUUGCUGGUGCACGGCAUCCUGGGCGCCUCCGACAACUGGAUCCUCGCCGGACGCGGCGAAGCGCUCGGUUACCUCCUGGCGGACGAAGGCUUCGACGUCUUCAUGGCAAACUUCAGAGGGAACUUCUAUUCAAGAAGACACGAAUCGCUGUCUCCUGACGAUCCUGCCUUCUGGAGGUUCAGCUGGCAGGAGAUGGGCGAGCACGACCUGCCCGCUAUGCUGGCCGCGGCGCGCCGCCUGUCGCGCUGGUCCAGCGCGCCGCUAGUGGUGUCGCACUCUAUGGGCGCGGCGGCACUCUCCGUGCUCAUGUCGGGCGCGCGCGGGGCUUCCCCACCAGGUCCUGGCCACAGCCGCGGGGCUCCCCCGCCGGGCCACGGCCUCGCCCGCGGGGACUCCCCGGCGGCGGUGCGCGCCGCGGUCUGCCUGGCGCCUGCCGUCUUCCUGGCUCCGCCGCGCCGACCCUUCGGCCACCUGCUGCUAGAGUACUUUCCGGACGUGGCGAUGGCGAUGGAGAGAGUGAAUAAGUUCGAGCUGCUCCCCCGCACGCCUAGAAUGGCGCGCCUGUUCGAGUCUUUUUGUUCGCCACGUGCCGUCACGCACAGCUACUGCGUCGCCCUCUUCUCCUACAUCAUGGGAUAUGACCUGCCGCAACUGGACCAGGAUAGACUGCCGUCCAUACUGACGCACAUCUUGUCGGGCACGUCGACACGUACGCUCAUCCACUUCGUGCAGAAUCACAAGGCUGACGAAUUCCGCGCGUUCGACCACGGGCCUGAGGGCAACGUGCGCUUCUACAACCAGAGCACGCCGCCCCGCUUCGACCUACGCCACUACGACUCCACGCCCGUAGCCGUCUUCUACGCCGACAAUGACUACGCUGUCACCUUCAAGGAGGUGCAGCGCUUCUACGAGCUGCUGCCGCGGCGCAUCGGGAUGUUCCGCGUGCCUUACGACAACUUCACCCACAUCGACUUCCUCAUCGCCAGGGACCAGCGCAGGCUCCUCAACGACCGUGUCGUUGACAUACUGAAGCGCUACUGACACGACUGCUGGUCAGUGCCGGCCUCGUUGGACCACUUCGUCGUUUCGUUGCCAACAGGCUGUGCAGACGUCUAGUUGUGGAAGUCCACCAAUUAAUUCAUUCCAUCUGUGUGCACCCGUCGUGUACGCUCUUUUGUCGCACAACAUCGUACGAUUAACGUUCAUACUACCAUAGUCAUAAAGCUUUUACAAUCAUAAAGCUUUUACAACUACAUCGGAAUCAUAAAAAACGUAAAGCUUCUUUUAAAUUUAUUUGUAGGUGCAUGUCCAUGUCGUUGUACGGACUGAUAUCCCAGCGUCAGAGAAGAACCCGUUGACUAAGUGGCAUGUCAUGAGGUAGUUCCACCUGGAUUGGCCUGACAUAGCUGAAACAUUUCCCCUGCUGCCUAUAACGAACUAUACCAUUAUAAAUGAAAUGUAUUCGCAGUUGGAAUGUGGACAAUCAUCAGCUUUGUAAUGGAAUGACAACAAUGGAAAUUUGUGCUGGUCGGGGACCCGAACCGGAUUUCUCACUUAUCCCGAGUGGCCACCUUACCAUAAGGCUAUCCGAAUACGAUUCACGGCCAGUCUCAAACUUCCUCAUGUCGUCAGUCGUGUAUCUACAGCCUGCACUAGAACGUCUAUUAUGUAUAUUCCCAUUCAGGGGGGACAUUUCAAUUGAAAGAAAUCCGGAUUCGACACAUAUUUUGAUUGUCGUCAUUCCAUUACACAGCUGAUGGUUGUCCAUAUUCGUAACUGCAGAUAUAUUUCAUGUAUUUCAUAACGGCUGUAGUCGUCACAGUGCGUGUUCCUUCAGACAGGCAUGCAUGUCCGAAGGAACAUAGUACUGUACUUCUGACAACACAGUCACAGUACACCGUUAUAGACCACGUUAGCAGUGGGCUAUACUAUUACGUUUUGCGUCUUCUGGCGUCACACUGCGGUUCUGUGACGCGGGGUUUUUGAUGUGUACCAGGACUGCAGACAUGUAUCUACAAGCAAACAAAAAAUUAAUUAUGUAAUUUUAAUUUUUCGAGGUGAUAGUUAAAACUUUAACUACACCUCGUACAAGUAUUAUACGACCACUUUUUCUUCAUAUGAGUGGACUUCUGGAAAGUCAGUUACACACUAUUAUAGCAAGUAACUAUUAUGGAAUGAUGCCUUACACCUCAAAUUCACACACACACACACACACACACACACACACACACACACACACACACACACACACACACACACACACACACACGCACACAAACACAAGUCUUUGUAAAUGACUACCAAUCGUUCAGUUCCUCAACGAUACAAGCAUGACAAAACGGAAAUCACGUUGUACAAGACCUGGACUUCCAAAUCACCACCACUCACAUCUACGCAGCUUUGGUUAAAUUGUUGGCACCAUUCAAUACUGCUGUACACAACAAUACAUUCUGUCCAUAGAUCGCCAGAAUUUCAUUCUGAAUGUAUAUGCAAUUUAAACAUUUUGUUCACAUAAUUUGACUUUGGAGUAUGAUUCUUGUUACCGCACCAUUCCAAUCGUACACUGUGACGGCCCUGUUAUCCACAUCUCAGUAGACCUGCGUAUGCAGGAAACUUGGAACAUGUACUCUCUUCUGACAAUGUACCACUCUUGCUGUGUAUUGGUCUUACAUCAGGAUGGCACGUGUAAGUUAUUUUCUGAUAUCCCUACGUACAGCCACUCCCUAAUUCUGAAGUACUUUAUGGAGACUUAAUUCACUAGUGUCUUUGUUGGCUGACACGUUAACCUUAGCAGUCAAAGGAUAUUCUAUGCAGCAGAACUCUACCAGUAGCAGCGACCAAUGAAUAGUGAAUGGUGUGUUUCAUUUUUUCGUGCUGUACUUUGCGAAAUGAAAAUUGAGGAAAUAGUUAUACAUGUGACAAAGGCGAUGCAUAUAUCUCGUUCUGAGUACUUGACACUCUCUGUCUUAACUGUGACCCAUAUUCGUACCCCAGCAUUACAAAGGACUAAACAUAGAGAUUUUUCUCAUAGCUCCCAUAUCCAAACAGAUUCAACGAAAAGCACCUAUAGACAACUUGCCCCUCGAAAACAGAGGUCCCCAGUUCGAGUUUCAGUGCAGCACUUAGUUUUAAUCUGCCAGGAAAUUUCAGCCCCUAUAUAUUUUCAUGUACAUCAAAGGUUGGGCUUAUUAGCUUGUUAUACCUCAAAACUGUUCACGCAAACUUUUUAAAGGAUGGCUAAUGUUUUGUUUUCCUCUAGGAUUGUACUUCAAAGCGAGUUUAGUGAAUGUAUUGUCUUCCACGUGCUGAACAUGAUUCUCUCAUUUCAUUUUGUAUUUCUUAUAGCAUCUGAAAAUAACUUUACUUUUAAUUUCUGUCUAAUGUGAGUACUUCAUCCGUUUUCUAGUAAUGACUAUCCCACAUAGCAGAGAAACUUCAUUUCAAACGAUUCAGUUCACCUUGCAUGGUUAACAGUAACAGGAGAUCUAUAAUUCUGUAUAAUUUGAGAAAAGAUACAUUUUCAACAUCAUGGUUAAAUUUUUAUAGCGUUGUACCACAGAAAUGCCUAAAUCCUCAAAGCUUGAUUUCAGCUGCAUUUGAAUUUCUUAUACUCAUGAUGAUACUCUAGAUAUUUGUACUUAAUUGUAAGUUCAAGGACACCAUUUAUCACAGUAUGUUACAGAGGCUAACAAACUUUAUGAAUGUAUAGGCAGACUAGAUAAGUACUAGAAGAAUGGAACGGAGCCUUAACAUAUCCGAUAGAAAAAAUUAUAUGUCACUGUGUAUAAAUUAAAGAGAAUUACACUCCUGAAUUCCUAUUGUAAAAUAUAUACAAAAGUAGUUAAUAAAGAUUAAUGCUAUUAUUAAUGCACAAAUCUCAACAAGGCUUCAGAAAGGGAAGACAUAUCGGACUGUGUCUUUACACAUGCACAAAUAACUGUAAAAAGAAGAAUUUUAAUGUAACCACUUACUAUAUAGUUAGCAAUAUACAUCACUGUCAACAUUACCUUUUGUAGGUGGUUAGUAUGUUUUUGAUCUCCGCAAGAAAUGUCUCACUAUGAACUAAGAAUCCCAAAAGAAAAUGUACUGCAUAUCUACACAGUAUUAGCAACACAAUGUCUACUCUCAUGAGAGAAAUUCCCUGAAGUACUGGAAAAGGUUAUUAUUGAAAUUACAAGGAAGAAACAUAUAAGAACUUAUUACUUUUUGUGUGCUGCUGUUGACAUUAUAUCCUCAUUACCUACAAAAAUCAGCUUUAGGUAGCCUACCUGUCAAUCUCUCAACACUGUGUUAUUGUCAGCCGACCCCUAUUUAUUGUGAUAUAUACAGAAAAAACUAUUUGUUCGUAUUGUUAUCAUGUUGCUAAACUGUAAACAGUGUGUAUGUUGUAUCGUUUGUUGAAUAACAUUGCCAGCAGCGAAAUGUUCUGUAUCCUUGUCAGACCUGAAAACUGUGUUGUAGCAGUUUGGUUAUUAAUUUAUUUAAAUAAAAUGAUCUCAUUUUUUA